CGUUUUGGCGGGAAAAGUAAGAGGAGUGGGAUUAGGAAUCCCUUCCCUCUGCUACCGUCAUCGAUCCAUCGAUCUUUUCAUGGAAUCAGAUUCAGAGUCCUCCGAUGGCUCUCAUAUUUCCGCCACUCCUCCCAGAGAACCAAAUCCACCACCACCUCGACCUACUCUUCGCUCUUCCAACAAAUCCAGAAUUAGGGUUAGAGCCUCCUCUUCCAAUCACUCUACUCCCAUUUUGAAGUCCAAAAAACUCUCUUCCAAUCCUCCCUCAAAUUCCGACCCCAAACCCACACCCAAAGACCGCUCGCCCAUCCCCUCUCCCCUCUCUGGUCUCCCGUUCCAAAUCCGCCGCCCGUCCGAUCAAAUUUCAGCAAUCUCCACGGUCGAAGCCCUCCCCGCCAGGCACCUGUCCAGCUCUGCAUCUUUCUCGAAAUUCCGGAGGCCCUCUCUCAAUUUCGAAGAUGACCCAUCCCCUCCCGUGUUCGAUUCAGAAUCCCAGGUUGAGAGUAGUGGAGCUCAUCGACUUACAUCAGGCUUGGUUUCGGAAGAAUCAAAAGGCGAAGCUGUCAAUACUUCAAAUCCGGUGAAGAGACAUCCCAAUUUGAUAGGAGGUAGCGCUCCUCAGCCACCUGUGAAGUUGCGGAAGUGUGGCAAUGAAGGGAACUUUGUGAGGCUAAACUUGAAUAGGAGUAAGCGCAGGUUUUUGAACAAAGGCAGUAGAAGUAGAAACAGUCAUGUAUCAGGUGGUCGAAAAUACUAUAGAAAACGUAGGAGAAAAUUGGAAGGUGAAGGCGAGCCUGAGAAGAGUACAUAUGAAGAAGACGGUCUGGUUGUCGAAAGCGUGCAACAGAAGCAAAAGAAGGAGUCCCAAAGUGAGAAGUCAGAUAGCAAAUUGAUUGAGGAGGUGGUAUCUGUGACUAGAAAUGAGCCGUCGGAUGAGAACCUGGUAAAGUUGUUGAAGGUCAUGUACGGUUAUGAUUCAUUCCGAGAUGGGCAGUUAGAUGCGAUUAAGAUGGUGCUUGCUGGGGAAUCGGUGAUGUUGGUUUUGCCAACUGGUGCCGGAAAGUCAUUGUGUUAUCAGUUGCCGGCGAUGAUUUUGCCAGGGAUAACGGUGGUGGUGAGUCCAUUAAUUGCGUUGAUGAUCGAUCAACUGAAACAGCUGCCCCCGAUGAUUCAGGGUGGUCUUCUUUGUAGCAGUCAGACAGCUGAACAAGUCUCGGAGACACUGAGGCAGAUUCAAGAAAGGACCAUUAAGGUACUUUAUGUCUCACCAGAGAGAUUUUUCAAUGCAGAAUUCUUGUCAUUAUUUUCUACCAAUUUAUCUGCAUCACUUGUUGUGGUAGAUGAAGCUCACUGUAUAUCUGAAUGGUCGCAUAAUUUUCGGCCUUCAUACAUGAGGCUCAGGGCAUCAAUGCUUCGUGCUUCGCUCAAUGUUAAGUGCAUUCUUGCAAUGACUGCUACUGCCACUGUCACAACUUUGCACGACGUUAUGUUUGCCCUCGCCAUUCCGCAAACCAAUAUUAUCCAAAAAGCACAAUUAAGGGACAAUUUACAAUUGUCAGUAUCUUUGAGUGGAAAUAGGUUGAAGGAUUUGCUGAUGUUGUUAAACUCCCAUCCCUUCAAGGAAGUUCAUAGCAUCAUUGUAUACUGCAAAUUUCAGUCUGAAACUGAUCAAAUAAGCAGAUAUUUAUGUGAUAACAAUAUCUCUGCGAAGAGCUAUCAUGGUGGAAUUCCUGCUAAAGACCGUACCCGCACACAGGAGUUGUUUUGUUCAAACAAAAUUAGGGUGGUUGUUGCAACUGUGGCAUUCGGUAUGGGACUUGACAAGCAGGAUGUGGGAGCUGUAAUUCAUUACAGCUUGCCAGAAAGCUUAGAGGAAUAUGUUCAGGAGAUUGGUCGUGCUGGAAGGGAUGGGAGGUUGUCCUAUUGCCAUCUCCUUUUUGAGGAUGACACGUACUUUAAACUCCGUAGUCUUAUGCACAGUGAAGGAGUAGAUGAAUAUGCCAUAAACAAGUUUCUGAGUGAAGUUUUUGCCAGUGAAAAGAAUUUGCAUGGGAAAAUAUGUUCAUUAGUCAAAGAAUCUGCAUCUCGCAAGUUUGAUAUGAAAGAAGAGGUGAUGCUGACAAUUCUAACUCACUUGGAGUUGGGAGAAGUGCAAUACUUGCGCUUACUUCCACAACUGAAUGUAACUUGCACUCUAAACUUCCAUAAGACUCCCCCAGUGUUGCUUGCUGAAAAGGAAAUAGCAGUUGCAGCAAUUCUUAAGAAAUCUGAAACUAAGCAAGGGCAAUAUGUUUUUGACAUACCCACCACAGCGAAUAGCAUUGGGAUUACAGCGACUGACCUAUCCAAUCAGUUGCAGAAUCUAAAGUUUAAGGGAGAAAUAACAUAUGAGCUGAAGGACCCAGCGUAUUGUUAUACAAUUAUGGAAGUCCCUGGGGAUUUUUGUUCUCUAUCAGCUCAUCUUACAAAAUGGUUAUCAGAAGUCGAAAUCAGUAAGGUAUGGAAGUUGAAUGCAAUGUUUGAUGCUGUAGUCUUUGCGGUGAAUGGGUGUGAGAAGAUGCAUGGUUGCUAUGGGUGUCAACAUACGCCAUGCCUUCAAAGGAAGAUUGUGGCCUACUUUAAUGGAGAAGAUAAUUCGGACAUUUCUAAUAAGACUGGUCAAACCAGCCCAUUUUUACGAGCAGAUAUAAAGGUCUUUCUACAGAGUAACUCACAUACUAAAUUCACCCCCAGAGCUGUUGCAAGGAUAAUGCAUGGAAUUGCAAGCCCCGCUUAUACUUCUACAAUGUGGUCUAAAACCCAUUUCUGGGGAAGAUAUACACAAAUAGACUUCCAGAUGGUGAUGGAAGCGGCAAAAGCAGAACUCAUGAAUUUUGUUGGGAAGGAUGCACUUUAGCUGUUCAGGAUCAGGCAUCCAGCAACUAAACUGCAGGGCUUCUGGAGGGUUAAGCCAAGAUUCUGAUGGCGGGAAAGAGCUCGGAUCAAGAUUAAAAUCCUCAUAGUUCUCCUUACAGCCGUCAUCUUACCGUCCUUACAUUUGUGUCAAGUUAUUCCUAGUGCAAGGGGUUUAGGACCCAUACAACAGUAGGAAUGAUCUAAUCUGCAUCUUCCAUCAAAGGGAUUGUAGCGGAGAAGGGCUGUAAGAAAAUAAACACUACUCCAGUUCUGGAUUCUGAUUACCAUAGAUUGCAUCAAAUCCGAGCCAUUGUUGGACUUGCAUCGAGUUAAGCAGGUUUGCUUCUAAGGGGUCAUAAACAAGUUAAAAGACUCAAACUAUGAUAGUUUUCUUGCAAUGCUUACUACCCAAUGGUAAAAGAUGGGGUGCCUUGCCGUUAAAGCACGGUCCAUCAUCAGCUUUACUAAUAGUUUGUAGGAUUCAUUAGAAAAUAGAUUCUAAUCAAAAUUUGCAUUCUUUAAUUAGAAGUGAGACAGAUGGGUUUGCAAAUACUUGAAAGAAACGGCACUCCCUGUUGUAACAAAAGGAAGAUGAUUUUGGCUUUUGGGAAGGAUGCUUAAUGGGGACAUGAAUACAAACUUUUGAACUCUCGAUAUGUAA